AUGGCUUUUCCUUAUUCUCUGUCCUCCUCUCAACGCAAAUCAUGUCUACUGUUCAUAAACCUCUCCUUCCUAUUAGUAAUCGCAGCCGUUUCAUUCACAACCCACUUCAAGUCCAACCCACCACCGAAAUCCCUCGCCGGCAUCAACGCUCUGCAACAACCCACCUCCGCCGCCGACCACCAGCUAGACUGCAACGAACUCCAGAGUCUCCCUUCCCCAAAUUCCAAGUGCAUCGCCCUCAAAUCCAGAAACCCAUGCGUCUCCCAAGGCUACAUCGACUACCUCCGCAUAUUCUACUGCAACUUCGGCGAAUUGCCCCUUUUAGGUCACACCCUGCUCCUCCUCUGGCUCCUAGUCCUCUUCUACCUCCUGGGCAACACCGCCUCCGACUACUUCUGCUCGUCGCUCGAGGACCUCUCCCGCUUGCUCAAGCUCUCCCCAACAAUCGCCGGCGUCACUCUCCUCUCCCUCGGGAACGGCGCCCCGGACGUCUUCGCCAGCAUCGUCUCCCUGGCCGGAUCUGGUACUCGCGACAUCGGGUUCAACACCAUGGUAGGUGGGGCUUCUUUCGUUACCUGUGUCGUCGUCGGAACAAUUAGCUUUCUGGUCAAGCACAGGCGGAUUCGGGUCUCCCGCGGCGCAUUCAUCAGAGACGUUUGUUUCUUCAUCCUGGUUCUCGGCUCUCUGAUCAUGACCAUGCUUUUGGGGAAAAUCAACCUCUGGGGAGCAAUUGGGUUCUCGCUGAUGUACGUUGUCUAUGUGAUCAUCGUCUACAUCUCGUACUUAUACGGGUGUGGGAGUGAUACGCCUAGCUCCAGCUGCGAGAGCGGGUUGAGCAUACCUAUAUUGAUGAAGAAGGAGAGGGACGAUGACGUGGAGGAAGGACAGCCGUUCAACCUCAGGGAAUCGGGCCCUUUUCGAUUGACGAUCAGCAUUGUCGAGAUGCCACUCUACCUGACUCGCAGGCUGACGAUCCCGGUUGUUUGCGAACGGCGAUGGUCGAAACCAAUGGCGAUCGCGUCGGUAAUCCUGGCUCCGAUCCUGCUAUCCACGCUCUGGGUGGCUCAGUACGAGAAUCCCCGGUUCGAAACAUGUGUUCUGGUUUACGGGGUUGGGUCGCUGAUUGGAAUCGGUCUAGGGGUGUUGGCCUUUCUGACGACCGAAGAAUCGAGCCCGCCGGAGAAAUGCUUGCUGCCCUGGCUAGCAGGAGGGUUCCUAAUGAGCGUGACGUGGAGCUACAUCACGGCUCAGGAGCUGGUCGCGUUGCUGGUCUCUCUGGGUUACGUAUUCGGGAUCAGCCCUUCGAUCUUGGGGCUGACCGUCCUGGCGUGGGGGAACUCGCUGUCCGAUCUCAUAACCAACUCGACCAUGGCGAUCAACGGUGGGGCGGAAGGCGUGCAGGUGGCGAUUUCAGGGUGCUACGCGGGGCCGAUCUUCAAUGUCCUGUUCGGGCUUGGGUUGUCGCUGAUCGGUUCGUGCUGGGAGUCGUACCCGGAACCGGUUUCGAUAUCGCUGGACCCGUACCUCCUCGAGACGUUGGGGUUUCUGCUGGCUGGUUUGGUUUGGGGACUGGUGGUUCUGCCCAGGAGAGGGAUGAAGCUGGAUGGGGUUCUGGGUGGAGGUUUGUUGGUUAUAUAUCUGCUGUCUGUGUCUCUGAGGCUGGUUCAAACUUCUGGGUCGCUCCAAUUCCUUGACCAUAAUAGCCUGUAA